AUGUUUUUUAAGGCCAUUUGUGGAAGAAAACCAACCGUUUCCCAUGAGAAGGUAUAUGAUGAAUUAAAAUCUGUAGCAGACCACUUGUUUGAUUCUGUUCGAAAUUUAAUUCCUUAUUCUAAUAAACUGUGGCUUCAACUGAGUGAAAGUCUUGAUAGGAAAAUUUCUCCUCAUACUUUAUACAAUAAUGUAUCCCAAAACAGUCAUUCCUGGAAAAACAAUUUAAAAUUGCUUAUAUCUAGACCUUCGAUUGAUAAUGCUACUCUAGUAGAAGCGGAAACCGAUCAAAAUAGUGACUCAGAUGGCGAUACUGAUGCAUCAGAGGAUGGCCAUAUUUACACAUUCGAUAUACCUUACAGAGAUUAUAUAAAAAUGAAUCCAAUACAAGUAAAAUACGGAAGAAAUAAAAAUUCAAAAUCAUACUUAACCUUAAAACCAGGUGUAUGGACCAACGUUAUCAACGAUUGGUUUAUAAAAUGUUGUAAAGCUCCUUGUAAUAUAAUUUAUAAGCGUUGUCGAGUAGCAAAUGAUAGCUCAAGAUCCAAAAAUUACAUAACAUUUUCUGGAAAGUGUAAAGAUUGCGGUGCAAAUGCUACAGGUUGGGUUGAUAAGAAACCAGAUGAUGCCAUUAGUGACAAAUAUUUGUUUGACUGGAGUCGAUCUGAAAUCUAA